AUGGAGGUGAUCGAGGCAUCCGACGAGUUCGACAGCUAUCAGGACGCGCUACCGUACGAGGAACCGUCCAGUUUGACGUCCUCGACUAGCACAAGCCCUGCGGACGGAGAGCCGCGUGGCAGCAAUACAUCCAGCGAUGUGGAUCCGCUACCGACUCAGCAGGUGCGGAAACUCAAGAGGAAAGAGCGACUACGCACACAGAGCGAGAGCGCGGCGUGGACCAGAGCUUCGCUAAGGAUGCGGCCGUCCCCGCCUGUAGAGGACUUGGCAGCCACGCCCGCUAUCGACGGGGCUUUCAGCCUCGCGACUCCCGGUGGCGAAGCUCCUUACGACCAAGUGCGCAAUAGUGAGAGCGCCUUGUCUCAUUUUACGAUGGAUAUGCUCAAUGGCCUAGACAUUUCCACCGUCUCAAGUGGCAGUGACUUUGCUUAUCGUCGCCGCAGCCAUGACAGCUCCAUGACUGCUGGAAUGGUAUUGGGUAGUCGAGAGGGAGUGAUCAAUAUGUGGAGGCAGCAAGGAGAGAUCUCCGAGCGCGCGUCGGAGAUUCUGGAAGAUGCCAAGCUGUCGUUGCACGGCAAGGAGCAAAAUUUAUACGACUCGUCAUUGCGGCGGUUGUCAGAAGCGAAAGACUCACGUCUUAAUACUCUUGGAGAAAGGAUCUCGUCAACUACAGCGGCAGGCGCAAAAAAUGUCCUCACAGAGCCCUCAUCUACUACAAGUAGCGUUCGAGUGGAGCAGGGGGAUGGAGAAGUGAAGGAGCCAAGCCACUUAGAAGCGGCAAACUCAAUCCCAACACAUCCAGGUCCGGUAACAGCGUUGCAGAAUGGCGAUAGACCAUCGUUAGAUAUUGAUAAGGAGCUUGAUGCUAGCUCGCCGUCAGGGGUGGAUGACUCGACGUUCCGGCCACAGUCAGGGACACUAUAUCAUGAGGCGGUUAAGUGGGAAGGUGUGUUGACCAGAAGAAGCGAAUGGCUGCGAAGACUGGAGAGACACUACUACGUGUUGGAAGGUAAAUUCCUGCGAAGAUUCGCUUCGAAAGAGGCCUAUCUAUCGUCUCGAGAUGAGCCGCUUGUGCCUCACCAUAUUCAACCACCGAGUGAUCCUAGUAAACCUGUACCUGGUAGUCCUGCAGCGAGUAUGAUCCGGAGGAAUUCCAGCAGUCCAGCGUCCAGCAAUGCGAGUCAUUUGUACGUGCUAGCAGGGGUUAAAGACUCGUCAAGUCGAGCCAAUGGCUUCACGUUUAUAACCGAAGACAAGAAGACGCUACAAGUGACAGCGCCAACUGCUGUGGAGAAAAUUAUCUGGAUGCGACUUGGACUUGAAGCCAUCGUGGCGCUGCCUACACUUCCAGUAGCACCACUGGACAUGGAGGAGUUUUACGCGAUGUUGGUUGUGCUCUAUACAGCACACAGUGGUAACUGGCGCACAGAAGGAGACAUGGCCGUGACAUUGCCUCCGCCAUCUGAACAAGUGUUCACGCGCUUCUUCCGGUUACUGGACAAAGAUGUCAUCUUUUGCUCCAAUUAUCCACCAUCCGUACCGUUCCACGGUUCCUUCCGUGGUCACUCUGGUGUCGUGACGUUCAUGCAUGACUUUGCUCGACAUACACUGUGGACGAACUUCAAAAUCGGUGGCAUGUCGGUGGAUGGCUCCAUCGCUGUGGCAUCUGGCAAAGAAGAGCUCGAAAAUCGACGUGAUGCGCGUAAAUUCAUUCAGAAUUGGGUGCACAAGUUCACGUUUUAUUCUGAUGGAAGACUGGCGCGGUUCGAGAUCAACGGCGACGUUGUAGCAGCUAGUGCGGUGUUCAAAGUUCCUGGUGCAGCUACGACGCUCAAGCUGCCUCAAGAGUUUAACGAAGUAGAUGCUGAGCACGGUCUUGAAGGAUUAUUGUUGGUACGGGUGAUGCAAGGCCAUGGGCUGAAGGCUGGUACAUCAGUCAAGAAAGCAGUCAAGGAACCGAGUAUCACGGUACAACUCCAGUACCGCGAACAACCAAAGUCUGGCGUGAAUGGAUCAACAGCAGGAUCGUCGUCCACCGCAACAGGUCCGUCAGCACUUAUUGGUGGCAUAUCGAUGCCGAAUCUGUCGCGGAAGUUCAGUUUUAUGACUUCUGUUGCGAGCUCUGCGGCCUCUGCGGCUUCGUCUGCGGUCGGAGUUGGCAGUUCAUCUAACAAUUCAACUCCAGUAGUAGAUCCCUUCAGCACCGGUACACCACGCAAUGCAGGGGACGAGUCGUAUUUACCGACACAUCCAGUGUGGAACCGCGUGCUGGAGCUUCCGUUCAGCCACGUUAUUGGCACUUGCUCACUUGUAGUGGACGUGAAAGACCACAGCAAGAAUGGAGUGGAGUCCCAGCUUGGCUUCGCAACGCUGAACGUUGCCAAGUAUCUGAUGGCUGCGGACGGUACUGAACGUACCAAGAAACGGGAAGAAGCAGCGAUGGCAGCGGACAGCAAAUGGUAUUCGAUCAGCAAUGCGAAGGGCGAAUACUGUGGUAAAGUGCAGCUCGGUAUCACCUGUCAACGCAAGAAGAUUAUGGAAGAAGGCGAUGGGGUACAACCGCGACUUAAAAAGAGUCAAAGCGUUGUGAUUGAUCGGAAGAACCCGCCGUCCUCGAACAUGUUGCAAUGGGAUGCCACUCCUGCUCACUCGCAGGCGCUGCUAGGAGCUGCAACACCUGCACUCAAGAAAGGAAUGACUCUGGACGAGUUCCAGAUGGGUGGAAGUGAACACGCACGUCGUCAUGGCUGGGCUAACGUUAAACUCUCACCUGAAGACACUGCGCGUACCCAGUCGGCUGGUGCAAUUGUCAGUAGUAAGGAAGACGACGAUGAAUCGGUACACAAGCGCUUUCCCGAAGGCAGUGCAGCUCUACCCGCCGCUACAGACGCUGUUAUCUGUAAGGAGAACGCUGACAUGCACACAUUUAUGGUUUGCGGUGCUCCGUUCACUAUCCCGCGGCAUUACCAGCUUAUUAAAGUGUGUGGUCGCGGCGCUUACGGUAUUGUGAUUGCUGCCACGAAUUUGCGGACAGGCGGCAACGUGGCUAUCAAGAAGGUUAUUGACUGCAUUUGGCACCCUCAUCAACUCAAGCAGAUUCUUCGUGAGUGCCGAUUAAUUCGUCACAUGGCACACGAAAACGUACUGAGUUUACUGGAUCUGAUCCCGCCGCCAUCGUACACGGACUUCCGCGAUGUGUAUAUGACCGUGGACCUCAUGGAGAUGGAUCUACACCGUAUUAUCUACUCGAAGGAGGUACUACGUGACGACCAUAUCCGAUAUUUCCUGUAUCAAAUGCUGAGCGGUUUGCACCACAUGCAUCGCGCUGGAGUGUUACACCGUGACUUGAAGCCCAGUAAUCUACUCAUCAAUUCGGAUUGUCAGCUCAAGAUUUGUGAUCUCGGACUGGCACGUUCUAAGGAAGCGGACGAUGUGGGUAUGACGGAAUAUGUGGUUACACGAUGGUAUCGCGCGCCCGAGUUGCUGUUAGGUAGUGCGUACGGCGAAGGCGUAGAUCUCUGGGCUGCAGGAUGCAUUUUCGCAGAGAUGCUAGGUCGCAAACCCUUAUUUCCGGGCGAGACGUAUGUGCACCAGCUCCAGCUCAUUAUGAACGUGUUGGGUGUGCCAGAGGAGCACUCGUUCAAGGAGAAUCCGUUGGCAAAUAAGCUCAAGGGCCGUCAGUUAUUGAGUCGGACUCAAGCAGUGGCUGGGAUCGAUACGAACACCAUGUUCCCGAACGCAAACCCGGAAGGUCUGGACUUGCUGUGGAAGAUGCUCGUGUUUGAUGUGGAGAAGCGUAUUACUGUGGAGGAGGCACUACGACAUCCGUAUCUGGCCAUGUAUUACGAUGAAGAACGAGAAAAUGCUCCAGUGGAGAAGUUCCAGAGCUUCGACUUGGACGAUCUGGACGAAACGGAUCUCAAGGAGCUCAUGUUCAAGGAGAUCUGCCACUUCCACCCAGAGGAAAUGGUCAAACGUGCUCAACAGCAAAAAGAGCACCCUGAAGCCGUAGAGAAGCUUCCUCCUGGCUGGGUCAAGCGCGAGUCGCGUAGUGUGCCUGGCAAGUUCUACUACAGUAACCCCAAGCGUGGCAUCAGCACGUGGAUCAAAGAGGAAAUGGAUUAA